AGGUCAUGCACGGAUAAACACAGGAUUGAGGUACAGGAGGGAUAGGCCUGAUCGGUUCCAAUAGCAGGCGUGGGUCAAAAACAGGAGGCUCAGAUUUCCAAGUCCGAAUCGACAGGCUAAGGCAGUUCCAGUAACAGGCAGAGUUCAGCAACAGAGACAAUGGGUUUACAAUACCGGUCAGGAUCAGACGCGAAGCGAUAGUCAGGAACACGGAACUGGAUCGGCAACGGGAUAAACUGAACGAGAGAAUGCUGGAAGGUGAAGUCAUGGAUUCAACGAUCUGGCAACUGGCUGUGAUAACUGGCGGUUGUUAAAUACCCAGGAGUUAUGAUUAAACUAAGACAGGUGUGUGUAAUAAAAACCGGAAGUAAGACUAGAACUGACAGUGAGAACAGAAACCGGAAAACCAGAAACUACAAACAGGAAAUGAAAACUGGAACCGAAACAUGACGACAUGGAUGACAAACUAAGUCCUUUCAAAAUAAAAGCAGAACUAGAACCGGAUCGUGACACAUAGAUGCUGUCGCGCUCGGAAUUAAGUGUAAGUUCAACAUGAAGCUUUUCCUUCCACUGUGAACAAGUAUGAAGAAGAGGCCAAGAAGGCCUUAGAGUUGGCCAUCAGCAACCACACACAGAUAAAGACGCACAUCGACCAGCAGAAGACUGUUAACGAUGCUUAUCAGAAGCAGGUUGAUUCAAAUUAUUUUAUACAGUAUAGUGCUUAAUCACAACAAGGUUAUCUUAAGGCACUUUACAAAGUAAGGUUUAAGAUUUUACACAACUAAACCCAACAGAUCCCACAUACAGCAAGCCUUUAAUUUGACAGCAACAGUGGAGAGAAAAAACUCCCUCUCUAACAAGGAAGAAACCUCCAGCAGAACCAGGCUGGAUGUGGGCGGCCAUCUGCCUUGACCGGGUGGGGUGAGGGGAGAGAGAGAAAAGCACAGCAACAACAGAGCACAGGCAGGAUGGUGGGACCAGAGACUGGACACAUGCAGGACGGUUGGACCUGCAGCUGCCCAUCAAAGACACAAAACUCUGAGUUCGAUGAUACCUGUAGAUGAGGACAGAGUGGGGGAGAGAGAGAGCGGGGGAGAGGCACAACUACUGGAAAGAAAGAGACAAGGUUAGUUAAGCAUAGAACAAUGAAGGGAGGUUAUUAAACAGAAGAGUUAGAAGGAAACAGAGGAGCUCAGUGUAUAAACUAAGUCCCCCAGCAGUCUAUGUCUAUUGCAGCUUAACCAAGAGAGGGUUCCUUGUGACUAACUAUCAUUGCCAGGUUUUAAGCCUGAUCUUUAAGGUGCAGAGUGUGUUAGCUUCUCAAACCUGAACAGGGAGCUGAUUCCACAGAAGGGGAGCUUGGUAGCUAAAAGCUCUGCCUCCCGUUCUACAUUUAAACACUCUAGUAACCACAAGAAGCCCAGCGCUCUGAGAACAAAGUGUUCUGCUCGGAGUAUAAGAAACUAUGAGGUCUUGAAGAUAAGAGGGAGCUUGAUCAUUAAGUGCUUCGUAGGUGAGUAGGAGUUUUUUAAAUUCUAUCCCACAUUUUGCAGGCAGCCAGUGUAGUGAAGCUAAUGUAGGAAAAAUGUGAUCUCUCUUUCUAAGUCCCAUCAGAACUCUGGCUGCAGCAUUUUUAAUUAGCUCUUGGCUUUUAAGGAGCUGUUUGGGUGUUCUAUGAGUCAGGAGUUACAGUAGUCCAGCCUAGAGGUAACAAAUGCAUGAAUGGAUUUUCUCUGCAUCGCUCUGAGAAAGGAUGCUUCUGAUUUCAGCUAUAUUUCUGAGGGGAAAGUAGGCGGUUCUGGAGAUUAGUUUAAUGAAUGAUGUAAAAGAGAGAUCCUGGUCAAACAUGACACCAAGGUUCCUCACAGUAGAAUCUGAAGCUAAUGUUAUGCCAUCCAGGGUGGGUCCAUCUGACUCAAUAGUGUCUCCAUGUUAGGCCCAACAAAUUUGAUGUUAUCUGAAUUUAGUUGAAGGAAGUCUUUUAAACAACUUUAAAUUUUGACUAGUUGAUCUGUUUCAUUUGGUUCCAAAGACAUAUAUAGCUGAAUAUCAUCUGCAUAACAAUGAAAAUUAAUAAUAUGCUUCCUAAUAAUGUCACUUAGAGGAGACAUGUAUAGGCUGAACAGAAUUGGACCGAUAACAGAACCCUGUGGUAAUCCAUAGCUAAUCCAUAAGCAUGUGGAGGGUUUAUCAAAAACAAAACAAAAACAAAAACAAACCAGAAUCUGUUCAGCAAAUAGGAUUUGAACCAUCCCAGUACUGUUCGUUUAAUUCAGAUUUUAUGUUCUAGUCUUUGUAAUAGAAUGUUACGAUCAAUUGUAUCAAAGGCAGCACUAAGAUCUAAAAGGACAAGGACAGAAACUAAUCCAUUGUCUGAAGCUAAGAGAAGAUCAUUAGUGACUCUAACCAGAAUGUCUUCCUGGAUGGACUCCGUUUAAAUCGUCCUGUUACAUCUUCUCCUACUUGGAGUCUGCUACUGUUAAAAAGACCUGGCCAGACAGCAGAGCAGGCUGUGUUGGUCGUGGAGCUGGCCUAGUUGUGACUGACAGCCAGGAGAAGCAGAUAUUUUGGAGUGACACCAUGAACAUGGGUACAGUAGGAUCCUGUAUGUCUUUCAGAGCGGAGCCUGGAUUGGUCACGACAGAGACAGAAGGAACAUGGAUCCGGACUAAUAAUAUCACUGAUGCGGAACAAAAAUCUUGUAUGGAUGGAGAACCAAAAGACGUCGGCUACCUGGGAGAGGACUUUGGAGCUACAGUUUAUAGCAUCAAAAACCCCUGGAAGACUCGUUACGACAUCCAGUGCCAACAGAUGGAGCACCACUGGGAGGCAAACGAGUCAGUGCUGCAGGACCUGCAGGCACGAUGGCCAAUCUACUGGGAAGAAAGUUCUACAUUCCAAGGUUUUCCAAGAGUUACUUCAGAGAUAAUGGCCUUUUUCAAAUAUUCAGACAAGGAGCAUCCAAGAGACGAGUUCUCCUGAGUUUAGCGCUGCUGAAUGCUGUUAUGCUGACAGCCGCUGUUGUUCUUGGGAUAAAAUGUGCCAGGGUCAAAGAGCGCUCCCUCCACGUUCCCAGCUUAGCUGAAGUGCAGCUGGUGAAUGCGCUAAACAACCUCCGCAGCAACUACAGCAACAUCACUGAAGCUGCAGACGAGGCCAAGAAGACGUUAAAGACGGUCAUCAACAACCACGCACAGCUAAAGACGCAAAUCAAGCUGAAGAGCGUCAUCAUUGACAAUUAUCAGAAGGAGAUACAGACACUACGGACAGAGAGUAACCAGCUGCAGUCCAACCUGACAGCUCUGGAGGGAACCUGUGGUAAAUGUCUUCCUGGAUGGACUCUGUUUAACUCAUCCUGUUACUUCUUCUCCUACUUUGAGUCUGCUGCUGCUAAAAAGACCUGGACAGACAGCAGAGCAGACUGUGUUAGACGUGGAGCCGACCUGGUUGUGAUCGACAGCCGGGAGGAGCAGAACUUUGUGAGUGGAAACAUAAAAAGUAUGAGAAGUUACCCUAAUCAGUGGGAUAACGGAGUGUGGGUCGGUCUCACUGACAUUGAUACCGAGGGGGAAUGGGUCUGGAUUAAUAACGUCACGGAGGUGGAGAAAAGGUACUGGGCGUAUGGGGAACCAAACAACCACGGACGCCACGGAGAAGACUGUGCAAUCGUGGCUUAUAGCUCAUACAGUCCAUGGCAGACACGAUUCGAUGGGAAGUGUCACGAGCAUUUGCUGGCCUGGACGUGUGAAACGGCAGCACAAUAAAGCCUGGACACAACAAGCACCUGCUGGAAAGUGUGUCAAAUAAAACAGCUGUGUGUCAGCAUUGCGUGUCUCAA